AUGACUUCCACACAUCUCUCGCACUUGAAGUUUGGAGAUUAUCAGUCGUCUGGAUCGAGGGUUGGUAGAAAAGUACCCGAAGUCGUCAUGCUCUCCAUACCAGACUGUCAGCCAGUAGCGGUCCUACAAUUUGAACCGUAUUGGAGCGUUCGUUUUUGAAAGUCAUCCGAUCAGUCGAGGCUGCAUGGCAUUGAUCCCCCUCCAACCCCAUCUCGGUAAGUCACUUUCUGUCAAUAAAGAAGCUGAUGACACUUGCACUACAGCGCAACUAGUAAUGUAUAUGCGUGUCAAAAUGCUUGAGUUCGGUGUUUUAUCUAUGUACCAGAGCACUGUCUUUGUGCGAAGAGUGGACGCAUAUCGGCUUGAAAUGUCUUUGCCCAUUGAAGCAUGUGCAACAAACCCAAUGCUCAGACAGUGUCUUUUGGCGCUAGCUUCGUUCGCUUCAGAGGAUUUUGAACCCAUCGAGCCCUUAUUGCCAUAUGCGCAAGCCUACUCCCGCGCUUCCCCGCCACGAAACCAAGUAGCAGCCAAAGAGACAAUAGUAGACGAGGAGAUUGGCUCGCAGACGAUCAUGUUCGGCGGCGAUGACGGUGUUGCUCGAAGCUGGGUGAACUGCAAGCGGCUGAUUCGAGAAUCCGAAGAAAAGGCUAUCUUCAAGGUUACUUGGGACUGCGGACAGCACAAUGUCCUAUACGAUCCGAGAACGCGUUCGGUUACUAUGGUUGACUUCGAACUUAUGCAGGCUUGCGAACAUGACACUAUGAGCCCGGACUUGCCGGAGAUGUAUGCUAUAUUCAGAGACGCAACUCUUCAAAGUGCCUAGCAAUAUUUAAGCCAAG